GCCCCCCCAGUAGGCGCCCGCAGUUCUGAGGCGGUGGAGCAGACUUGCUGGAGCGGCGGACGCGAGGCGGUGAGCCGGCAGUGAGCCGGGCGCAGAGGCACCAGGGCCCUCUCAGGCUACAAAGCCGCUCCACCGAGGCACCGCCGCGCCCUCCCGGAGGCCCGGAGGCCCGGGGGCCGUCGGGCGCCCAUCUCGCCUUCAGCCAUGGGGUCGGCCGCGCUGGAGAUCCUUGGCCUGGUGCUGUGCCUGGUGGGCUGGGUGGGCCUGAUCCUGGCGUGCGGGCUUCCCAUGUGGCAGGUGACUGCCUUCCUGGACCACAACAUCGUGACGGCGCAGACCACCUGGAAGGGGCUGUGGAUGUCGUGCGUGGUGCAGAGCACCGGGCACAUGCAAUGCAAGGUGUACGAUUCGGUGCUGGCGCUGAGCACCGAGGUGCAGGCGGCGCGGGCGCUCACCGUGGGCGCCGUGUUGCUGGCGCUCGUCGCGCUUUUCGUGACCCUGGCGGGCGCGCAGUGCACUACCUGCGUGGCCCCAGGCCCGGCCAAAGCGCGCGUGGCCCUCACAGGCGGCGCGCUCUACGCGCUCUGCGGGCUGCUGGCGCUCGUUCCGCUCUGCUGGUUCGCCAAUAUCGUGGUCCGUGAGUUCUACGACCCGACCGUGCCCAUGUCGCAGAAGUACGAACUGGGCGCGGCGCUGUACAUUGGCUGGGCCGCUUCGGCGCUGCUCAUGUGCGGCGGCGGCCUCGUGUGCUGCGGCGCCUGGGUCUGCGCUGGCCGCCCCGACUUCAGCUUCCCGGUCAAGUACUCCGCUCCGCGGCGGCCCACGGCCAGCGGCGACUAUGACAAGAAGAACUACGUCUGAGGGCGCUGGACUCGGCGGGGCCCCUCACGCCGGCCACUCCCGCAAGCGGGACGACUGGCCAGGGGCGUCGUGCAUGGACCGCAGCCUAUGCUAGGUGGUGCGGCGCACAGUCUCCGCGGAAUGGCCGGUUCUGCCCCUGGACGCGGCGCACCGGCCGACUGAGACCUUUCACGCGCCCGCAGCCCGUUCUCCUCUACGGCCACUAGCCGGGCCCUGCCCGGAACAAGAGCCACGCACUUGGAAGGACUUGCUCGGUUUCUUUUUCGGUGCGCAGAACUUGCUCCGAUGUGAGUGGGGCGCAGGUUCCUUAGGCUGAAUGGACAAUGGACCGAAAUGCCGCUUUCCUCCCCAACCCUCAGGGUCUUGGAUGCCGCCAUCCUCCCCAGCGGCUCCUGCUGAUUCCAGCCAGGCAGACGGAAAGCCCAGGGACCCCAGCCUGGACUGCCGGAGGGCUGUAUACAACCGACCUUUACCCCAAGAUCGGGGCCUGAGCCCAGGGGGCCUUGAAAGACUUGGCCUGGACCUCCCUGCCUCACCCCGGCAGCUCCCCAGGAGAGGAUUAUGGGCACUAGAUCCUGCGUGGGGAGCCAGGGCCCUGCCCUCCUUUGCAGCUUGUGGGGGAGGGUAAGAAUUUGCUUAGUAAAUGGUUUGAAUACCCUC